CAAAGAUUCCACAGAAUGAAGUGAAAGUAAAAAGUUGCUGCUGACGUCCAAACAAGGAAAUAACAGGAAGUUAUAUAAGCUGCAGCCGGUUCAGAGGGAGAACAGAGAGACGAACACACAGACGCUGCAGAGACUCUAAACACUCUGAAGAUGAAGAACAAGAUGCUUUAUGUUUCCAUCAUGAUGGUGGUGCUGUCUGCACUACCAACUACAGCUCCUAAACCAACUACAGCUCCUAAACCAACUACAGCUCCUAAACCAACUACAGCUCCUAAACCAACUACUCCUAAACCAACAACUCACAAACCAACUACUCCUAAACCAACUACUCCUAAACCAACAACUCACAAACCAACUACUCCUGGACUACGGACCACCACACAAGGAGCAUCUGGCGUGAAUUUAAAUGGGAAGAUGUUCACUUUGUCCAGCGGUGGAGGAGGAAUAUCCUUCUAUUCACCUUCCUUGACCACAACACCUUCUGCUAGAGGUGUGUCCGUGUGUCUGCGUUUCCUGAAUGAUGUCGGUACCACACUCUUCAACCUCAAUCAAGACAACAGAGACCCUCUGAGCUUCAGUGGCAGUAAUUUGCAGUAUGGGUUGUCCUUGGAUAGGUAUUACAGUGGCAUGUCCUUCCAAACUGACAUACAGCUCUGGCAAAACAUCGGAACGGACUUCUGGACCCGAGUCUGCCUCACCGUGGACUCAGUGAAGAAGGUGGCUCAGGUGUUCAGCGGCUCCAACAUGAGCAUCAGGAAGAUUGUGCCUGUUACGUAUGUCUGGGCUGGUAAGCCUGUGAUUAAUUUUCCAGGUUUUGACGGUCAAGUGACAGACGUCCAUGUUUGGGAUUAUCCUCUCCGCGACAGAGAAGUCUUCAACUACAUGACCAACGGGGUCUACGGGUCGUACCGCGGCUCCGUCCUCGCCUGGUCCGACAUCAGCUACUCGGUCAGAGGAAGCGUGCUGCUGGAGGACGCCUACCUGUGGGAGGAGCAUCAGCCAAUCAGAGGCAGGGAGGGGAAACGGCGCCGAGACAAGAAGAGCAGGAAGUUUCACCAUAAGGGCGAGAGCAGGAGAAAGGAGCUCUAACCCUCUGGCUCUGAGACGAUUUUGGCCGUUUUUGAAUACUUUUGAUUUCGCCCUUCAUGUACCACAUAAAAAAUGUUUACUAUACCCAUAUUUGGUAUCCAUUUUUUCUUCACCUUUAUGAUCUGACAGUUAUUUUUUCGAUUUAACCUACUUGAUCAACAAAUUGAGCCCAAAAAUACACAAAAAUCAUGAAAUCCGAGUUGAAAAAUGAUCCUAUUUACUACAAUAAAAACCACAAAUAUGCUCAAUGAACUGAUUUGGAACUUGAAAAUGUAAACAUAGGAUGCAUAGAUGAACAUAUUAAAAGGUAAAAUUUAAAUAUAAUAAAAACUAUAUAGAAAAAAGUCCCAUAAAAACAUGUAUAUUUAUA